AUGGAAUUUGUGGUAUCUCGUGAUGAGCUUCUGUCUGACUCUUUUCCUUACAAGGAGAUUGAGAACGGUAUUCUUUGGGAAGUUGAAGGAAAGUGGACUACCUUGGGAGCUGUUGAUGUGAACAUUGGUGCCAAUCCCUCUGCUGAAGAAGGUGGUGAAGACGAGGGUGUUGAUGACACGACUCAAAAGGUUGUUGACAUUGUCGACACCUUCAGACUUCAGGAGCAGCCGACUUACGAUAAAAAGGGAUUCAUUGCCUAUAUUAAAAAGUACAUCAAGCUUUUGACACCAAAGCUCAACGAGGAAGACCAAGCUGCCUUCAAGAAGGGUAUUGAGGGAGCUACCAAGUUCUUGCUCCCCAAACUCAAUGACUUCCAAUUCUUUGUUGGGGAGGGGAUGCAUGAUGACAGCACUUUGGUCUUUGCAUACUACAAGGAGGGUAAAACUAACCCAACAUUUUUGUACUUCGCACAUGGUUUGAAGGAAGUCAAGUGCUGA